UCAAUGUCAGAGAAUCUUAUUUUCUGAGUUACCAAAUCUCCAAAUAACACAAACAACUAUUAGUUAGUUCAUAAGUGAUCCACAACGCCGAUCCAAACUCGCGAAUCACACACACAGUAACUGACGUGGACACUUGAGGCCAUUCAAGCCAGGUGGGUGUUGUUGGCAUUGAGAUUGAGGCCCUAAUGAAGAGGUCUCCAGCAUCUUCUUGUUCAUCAUCUUCUUCUGUUGGAAUUGAAACUCCCAUUCAGUCAGAGAAAAGAAGGCCUAAGCAUCCAAGGAGAAAUUUGAAGUCACAAAAAUGCAACCAGGACCAAACCAAUGGGGGAAGAAGCUCCAUUUAUAGGGGAGUUACCAGGCAUAGGUGGACAGGGAGGUUUGAAGCUCACCUGUGGGAUAAGACCUCUUGGAACAACAUUCAGGGCAAGAAGGGACGACAAGUUUAUUUGGGGGCAUAUGAUACUGAAGAAGCUGCAGCCCGUACAUAUGAUCUUGCUGCCCUUAAGUACUGGGGGAAGGAUGCAACCUUGAAUUUCCCGAUAGAAAAUUAUACCAAGGAUCUUGAGGAAAUUGACAAGGCCUCGAAAGAAGAAUAUUUGGCUUCUUUGCGGCGUCAAAGCAGUGGUUUUUCUAGAGGCAUUUCUAAGUAUCGCGGAGUUGCUAGGCAUCAUCAUAAUGGUCGCUGGGAAGCUCGCAUUGGAAGAGUAUGUGGAAACAAGUACCUCUACUUGGGAACAUUUAAAACUCAAGAGGAAGCAGCUGUGGCAUAUGACAUGGCAGCAAUAGAGUACCGUGGAGUCAAUGCAGUGACCAAUUUUGACAUAAGCAAUUACAUGGACAAAAUAAAGAAGAAAAAUGACCAAACAGAAACACAAACAGCUCCUAACUCCUCUGACUCUGAAGAAGCAGAAGUAGAACAACACACAAAAGUUACACCACCCCCAUCUGAGAAUCUGCACAUGCCACCACAGCAUCAGGACCAAGUUGAACACACUAAUGAAGAAGAACCCUCAAUGACCACUAUGAUGGAGCAUGUGCUGGACCAGGAUCUACCCUGGAGCCUCAUGUACAGUGGCUUGUCUGAGCUUGAACAACCACACUUGGGUUUUGGUGGUGGAAAAGCUGAUGAUUUGGCUUGCAUGUUUGAUGGUGCAGCCUUUGAUGAAGACAUUGAUUAUCUGUUUAGCACAGAGCCUGGUGGGACUGAGAAUGAUAUCAACGUGAGGGCAGUGUUUGACAGUAUUGAGAGUAGAGACACAAAUGAGGCUGGUGGAAGAAUCAUUGUGGGGGAUGAUCAUGACAAUAAGCACAAGAUGUCACCAUUUGCAUCUUCUUCUUCACCAUCAUCUACAACAACUACAGAUUCUUGUAACUUAGCUUUAUGAUCUCUUCAGAGGGUGUUGGAUGAGCUACAUGAGUACAUUGAAUGGAUUUUUCGGCUUUGUUAUGCAUGUUUGUGGUGGUGAAUGGGUGUGAACAUUGGGUGGUGACUUGUGAAAGUGUUCCUUGGAUGUAGGAUUUUUCCUCCUUCGUAUCCCUGACUUGGAUUUUAGUAUAAAGGAGCAAAAACCAAAACAGUGAUUUGGGUGCAAACUUUUUUUUUUUUUUUUUUUUUU